UCAUAACUACUCAAUUACAAUUAAUGUAUCUUUAUUAUGACUUCCUUUGAACCAGCUUGAGACGCAUCGGUUGCUGAUACCAUCUUAUAACAAAUUUAAAUUUGUUUUGACAUCGUCAUCAUCAAGAUUCCAUCACAUCAAGAUAAUUAUAUUUAGAAAAAACAAUUAACUACAAAAUUAAUCUAGUAAAAUGAAUACACAUACAUAUUACUCAUAUGUCAAUGGCAUUGAAUAAACUUUUAGCCUCUAUGAAGUCUACUCAACCUAUAGCAAGAACGUCAGAUUCUGAUAAAACUGUAACUUAUUAAACUUUCACUAUCUACUAUUGCUAGUUAAUACCUUGUCAAUAUUAUUUUCAAUAGCAUUUUAAACAUAAAAUAAUUCUUUUACAUCAUAAUAAUAGCAGUAUUUCAUAAAUUUAUAAUAUAUUUUUUUAAAAUGACAAGAAACAUUGGAAUUUUAGAGUAAUAUUAAGUAUUCAAGAGCUUCGUCUACAGCUGACCUACCUACUUGUGUAACCAUUACAUAUACUACAUAUACUUCUUCAUCAAGCUGAAUGAGGCUGAUGGAACCCCUUGGUAUUAGCCCUGAAAUCGUUGAUAUACGUACAUUGACACGAUGGGCCGAAGUACCAAUUCAACAUCGUUACACAGACUAUUCAAAUUCUUUGGGAGAAGCAAAUCAUUACACGGACUGCCCUUUUCCAUGCCAAACUUCGAUCAAUCGCAAGAUUGCAUUAUGGACUGGAGAUAUAUCGGUGCUACAAGUAGAUGCAGUAGUAAACCCUACCAACGAAACUAUGGAUGACAAUAGCUUUACGUGCCAAAAAAUAUUUUCACGAGCAGGUCCAGCACUUAACAUCGAAAUUGAUAAUGAUAUUAAAGAAUGUAAAACUGGUGAAGUAAGAGUUAGUCAAGCCCACAAUCUGCCUGCACGUUAUAUUAUACAUACUGUUGGGCCAGUUUAUCAUGUUAAAUAUCAAACUGCAGCUCAAAAUACACUUCAUUGUUGUUAUAGGAAUGUUUUGCAAAAAGCUAGAGAAUUAGGCUUACGCACCAUUGCACUACCUGUGAUCAAUUCUGUUCGUCGUAAUUAUCCACCGGAUGCAGGAGCUCAUGUUGCUCUUCGUACAAUACGUAGAUUUUUAGAACAAUACAAUGAUUCAAUCGUGUGUAUUGUUCUUGUUCUUGAGCCCUGUGAUUUGGGAAUUUAUCAAGUUUUGCUGCCACUUUACUUUCCAAGGAAUAUUGAAGAACAAGAAAAUGCUUGCUGGCAACUGCCAAGUGAUAUUGGAGGACCUGAUGGUGAGCCACUUUUACCAGAUCGCCAAAUUCGUAUUAUCGACAAUCCACAACAUGCACUACAUGGUGAUGAAGCUAUUGAAUUGUCAAAUCAGCUUGAUACUUCAAGUCUUGGCGAGCAUGCAUUCACUCAAAUGCAAGGUGAUUUGGAUAGACAAAGGCUUCUUGGAGAACGACCAUUAACUGAUCCUCUAGCAGACAUUAUGCUUAAAAGAAUGCAACAAAAAGAGAGAUACGAAAGACUCUUGAGACGAGCUAAAACUGAAGAUCUUACAGAAGUAUCUGGAAUCGGAUGUCUUUAUCAAAGUGGUGUUGACAGACAAGGCAGACCUGUUGUAGUUUUUGUUGGAAAAUGGUUUCCGGCUAGCACAAUUAAUUUAGACAAGGCCUUACUCUAUCUGAUUCAGUUACUGGAUCCCAUUGUCAAAGGUGACUACGUCAUAGCCUACUUUCAUACACUCACUACCAGCAACAAUUACCCUAGUUUUCAUUGGUUACGUGAAGUAUACAAUGUGCUUCCCUAUAAAUAUAAAAAAAAUCUUAAACAUUUCUACAUUAUACAUCCUACCUUCUGGACCAAGAUGAUGACGUGGUGGUUUACAACAUUCAUGGCUCCAGCAAUAAAGCAAAAGGUUCACAAUUUACCCGGUGUAGAAUAUCUAUAUGAAAUUAUGUCACCUGAUCAACUGGAAAUACCGGCAUAUAUAACAGAAUAUGAUAUGACGAUCAAUGGCAUGAGGUAUUAUCAACCAGAUCAAUCACCAGAAUCCUGAAUGUAAUUUAAGCAUGUUACGUACAAUCAUUGCUGUAGAUGGAAAAAAAAUCAGCAAACGCGCUCUAUUAUAUUAAAAUCUUCGCCUUCAAGUAAGUCAGCCUUACACCUAGAUAUUCAAUUCAUUUUUGAGUACUAGGUUACCUUUGUCCAAUUAAUAAAAACAAAGUUGAAACAAAAAAA